AUGGAUCCUGCGAGCACCGACGUUCCACGUCUUUCGUGCCCCGAAUUCUCCGCCAGACGAUACCAACACCUCAAGGCACCCGUCGAUCUAGGCCACAAAAAGCUAUAUUACUUUGCCCUCAACCUCAGGCAGUGUCACUAUAUCCUCCCGCGCCUUUUGGGCUCCAUAGUUGAGGUGAUGCGCUUCCUCGGAUCCCAGAACUCGGUUCUUUCGAUUGUUAAGGGCAAUUCGGACGACGGCACAGCAGAGGUCUUGAAGGCGAUACAGCAAGAUCUCGAGGCGCUCGGAAUCACAUAUCACUACCAGCAUAGUGACAUCAACCCUCACAAUGGCAGCCGCAUCCUUCGCCUGGCCGAGCUUCGAAACUUGGCCAUGGAACCGCUCGUAAACAGUCGGCACAACAAGACUACCACAGAGAGUAGUGAUGGGGACUAUGGGUUGAGAGCUGGCGAUAUCGAGAUCAUGGACGAGGCCACGGUCGCUUUCAUCAAUGAUGUGUCAAUCUGCCCCGACGACAUACUGGAGCUCAUUCAUCAGCGCAAAGUUCAGAAAGCAGACAUGACGUGCGGCAUGGACUGGUCCUGGAAUCUUCGUCACCAGCCCUUCUACGACGUCUGGGUUGCUCGCCAGCUCAAUGGUGACAGCUUCUUCGAGAUCAAAGAUAACGGCGAAUGGUACAAACAAUGGGAACUCUUUCCAAAUGACCCUCCCAACCGGGCCCGCUACAACGCCAGGGUUCCGGUGCAGGUGUUUUCGUGCUGGAACGGCGGCGCGGUGUUCUCCGCCCAGCCAUUCAUGGAUGGCGAGGUCAGGUUCCGCGACAAGAAUGAGGGCGAAUGUGCCAUGGGCGAACCUGACUAUCUGAACAAGGACCUCUGGCACAAGGGUCACGGGCGCUUUGCCAUCGUGCCUACCGUCAACCUUGGAUACAAUGACGAUCAUGCAAGGGGAAUCAAACACAAGUACGGCUACGUAGCCGAUCUGGUGAAGCAUGAGGAGAUGAGCGGGCUGCCACUUCAGGUUCCUUGGGUGGACACGCCCCCGGAGAAGAUCAAGUGCAUGCCGGGAUGGAAAGAGCAGAGCUGGGUACCCUGGAACGAGACGCUUGUAUAA